AUGGGCGUCCCGGCCGCCGCCGACCGCGGCGUGUGCGCGGCGCUGUCCGCGAUCGCCGCCUCCCGCAUCGACCCGCUGCACGACGCGCUGCACCCGGCCGGCCCCCUCGGGCCGUCCCGCUUGGACGCGCACCUUGACGCGCUCGACCAGUGGCAGAGGGUGCAGGAUGACGUCACGGUGACGUCAGCGGUGACGUCAUCUGCGCCGGCGCCGGCGCCGCCGGCGGGGCCGCUGGAGGAGGAUGCCUUCGAGGCGCUCGAGGCGCUGGGGCUGUUUCUGUACCGCGACCCCCGCCUGAUGGCGCGCGCGCUGCGCGUGCUGCGGCACCACGUGGCCUCGUACUGCUGCCACGGCGCCGGCCGCGCGGCGGCGGGCGUUGCGGGAAGCGUUGGCGGCGCGUCGGCGGUCGAGGGGGAUGAUUCGAAGGCGUCGGAAUCGGGCGCCGGCGUCGUCGGCAUUGGGCGCGUGUACCGCCUCCUCGCGCGGACCGUACUGCCGGCGCUGGCGCUGGCGCCGGCGAACUUUGCGGCGUCCAACGCGGUGUGGGGCGUGCUGCGGCUGCUGCCGUUUGCGGCGCGGUUCGCGGUGUACAGGCAGGCGCAGGACGUGUGGGCCAAGACGCCGCUGCUGCAGGGCGCCGCCGCGCUGUCAGUGGACGGCUUUCGCCGCAUCUGCCGCCGCCUGCACAACCCCACCAGCCAGAAGGAGAAGAGGGAGGUGCUGGGGCCCUACCGCCUGGCAGUGGCAAAACUGUCCGCUGCCACACCCAUACAGGUGCGGCCGCCAUGA